AAUAAUUUAGCGGCGCGCUACUCAGUGAAUGAUGGAGGGGCAGCUUGCCGGUGGGCUGGAUCUUAAAUAUCUCAAACCGGUGAGCAGGGAGCUCUCCUCUCACUCCACUCCCCUGUCACACAGGUGUGCUGGGCAUUCCGCGGCGUACGCCACAGGUAGACUCUCCCUCUCAGAACAGCGGAAAAAAAACAGAGCGCGAGGCGGAAAAAAAAACCCAGCGGACAUGGAGGAGUCCCAGAGGAAGUUCGGGCCGCGGUACGCCGAGGCGAAGCCGCCGCGCAAGGUGCGCUUCAAGCUCAACUCGUCGUACAGCGGCCGCGUGCUCAAGCACGUCUACGAGGACGGCCAGGAGCUGGAGAGCCCCGAGGAGAAGUACCCGCACAGCUUCAUGCACACCAAGAUCCCGCGCCACCUGGACGCCGGGCAGCUCUGCAGCUUCACCGACCUCCCCGAGCAGCCCGCCGGGCUCUACGCGCAGAGGAUUAACGUCUACCGCGGGGUCACCGGCUUCAGACCACCCACCUUCGGUGACCUUCCAGAGGGAGACCCUAAUGCUCCGGUGCUGGACUUCGGGAAGAUCAUUAUCUACACCAGUAACCUGAGGAUCGUCCCUGCACCCCAGAGGAGAAGGGAGAGGGAGAGAGAGAGGGAGAAGGAGAGGGAGAGCGAGGCAAGAGGAUGUGGCCAUGGAAACAAAGAGAUGACCUCUCCAAAACACAAGCAGGACGCCGGCGGCUGUCUGCAGUGUGGCGGCUCGGGCUGUGCCCCCUGCUCCCUCUGCCAUGGCAGCAAGCUGUCCAUGCUGGCAAUCCGAUUCAACGAGUCGAUCAGAGACCUGCGCUGCCAGGCCUGCUACCCAGAAGGCCUGGAACCCUGCCAGUCCUGUGCCCAAUAGAAGAGCAUUAACGGACUCCCCUCGCGUCGG